UUACAUAUGAGAAUUAACGAAGAUUCCAUUUAGUUUAAUGUGAAUAUUUUAUAUAUUUUUCGCUAAAUUUUUAUGGUAAAAUUUUAAGUGAUAUUUUAAUGGCAACCAGUUCGUACGAUCCCUAUGCACAACGUGAUGUAGAUAAAAAUAUAUCAAAUAUUGGAGCAUUCGCCACGAUAGUCAAGAGUGUGGUUGGCACUGGAUUAUUGGCUCUGCCGAUGGCGCUCCAAUGGUCUGGGAUAAUUCUGGGAGUUAUGCUCCUUAUUGGAGCGAUGAUGUUACAGACCCACGGACUCCAGCUUCUGAUUGUUUGCAUGGUGGAGUGUGCUCGACGCCAGAACGUCGCCUAUGUAAACUAUCCUGACUCGGUGGUCUUUUGUUUCAGCCAAGGUCCUGAAUGCAUGAAACACUGGCCAGUGAUCAUCGCCCGGGUGGUGGACUUUUUCAUAAGUUUUUCCCACUACGGCGUCUGUGUGAUCUACAUCGUAUUUGUGAGCCUGAACAUUAAGCAUAUCAUGGAUCAGUACGUUAAGGCGAUGGACGAACGUUACUAUAUAGCGGGCAUAGGGUUGAUUCUGAUUCCCUUGUUCAUGAUCCGGCAUCUCAGGUACCUGGUGUGCCUCAGCCUUUUGGGCAAUGCCCUGACCUAUUUUGGCUCUUUUUUGAUACUGGGCUAUUUGAUAAAGGAUCUGCCAGAGCUUAGUGAUCGGAAGCUGUUCGGGGAGCCCGUGCAGUUUCCCCUAUACUUGGAUAUUAUCCUGUUUACAAUGGCUUCCGUCGGUGUGAUGCUGGUCAUUGAAGCGAAAAUGAAAUCACCGGAAACUUGCAUAGGCUGUUUUGGCCUCAUUAACAUGGCCAUGCUGUUCAUCCUUUUUACGUAUAUAACUUUUGGUGUAUUGGGCUACUGGAAGUACGGGUCGGAAGUUGCCGAGUCAGUUACUCUAAGCUUGCCUCCGGAAGAAGUGCUCUCGCAAUUCAUCAAGCUUCUUUUCGCCUUUGACAUACUUUUUUCGUACCCCUUAUCCGGCUACGUGGUCAUUGACAUAAUCAUGAACCACUAUUGGAACAAGAACGGUGACUUGGGGCAACCCAUAAUCAAGGAGAUUCUCCUCCGGAUCAUCUUCGUAUUGGCCAGCACUCUCACUGCCGUUGCCUUCCCUAUGUUGGGUACUUUGAUGGCGUUCGUCGGGGUCUUCUGCAUUCCUCUGAUAAAUCUAGUUUUUCCGGCCGUAAUGGAUUUGUGUCUUCUGUUUCCGCCGGAAUACAGCUACGGAACGCUGCGCUGGAAGCUGAUCAAGGACUGGUUUCUCAUCAUCAUCGGCAUUGUGAUUUUUAUUCCGGGAUCUAUUGCUGUCCUUCUUUCAAUCAGUAAGCAGAUGAUUUCUGGCUAAUACUUUAGAUUCUUUUAAAAGCCAAUUAAUCAAGAAAUUAUCGUUAGGGUACAUUUCGGAGGAACAAUUUUGGAGUGGUUUUUCAAAUUAAUCUAUCGAUUGGUUUGCUAAAUUUAUACUAUUUUAUAACAAAUAAAUAAUACUCU